UCCGUGGUGUGGCGCGUAGUUCGGAUUCCCGGACUGUACCGUCUGUCAGAGCCGGGUAUAUCCGGCUUGUAGUUGGAUAUUGGUACCGACGCAGUCCGUGUCCCGGAGCUCAGUGCUUGCAGAGUGGAUCGGGCCUGGACUGAGCGUUCGGACCGUCCCGGGCCAUGGAGCGCUUUGUGUUGUUAGUCAGCUGGGAGAAGGGGCUGCAGGGCGGCCGGGAUAAGAAGCUCGUCCCUCCAGGUUUCGAGUAUGUACAGAAUGUUUAUUCCCAGCUGAAGGAAUACAGCGCCAAAUAUACAAAGACUUUCCCAGCCUGUUCACUAACUGGAAAUCCAGUCUCAAGAAGGUGGUUUUGUGCUUUUCAGGCCGUCCAUGGACCUUUCCAGUUUUCCAGCUCCCAGUGGGAGGAUUUGAGCCCCGACGCUGCGUCUGAUGAUGCAGAAGACCCGGCUCAGAGCUCCAUUGAAGAAUGCUUAAGCGCCCUUCAGAAUCCAGAAGAAGAGGAUGAUGACAGCAGCCGGGAUUCAGUUACUCAAUCCAAUUUGUUUGAAGAGUCCGCAGAACUUCUUCACCAACUAUCGGACAAGCUGCCGGCACCAGGGCGAGCUUUGGUCGAUGUCCUGUUAAUAUCUUCAGAGGCUCCGAGAUUGAAGGACUGUAUUCCUGCGAUUGGUGCCAUCAAACAUCUAAAGGAAUGGCACUCUGCCAAAAUCACCAUCGUGACGAAAGAUCACAAAGGAUGGCAGCAGAUUGCAAAUUACCUGUCCGCAUGCAUCGUGCCAACAGAUCGUGUCAGCGCAUUAAUAGACCCCCAGGAAUUAUGGAGAGGGUCCGUUGAAAUAAGCGAGAGAAAAUUUAGUUCUCAGGUUGAGUUCCCGGAGUUCUGUAUACGAUCUGUCUCAGACGGCACCGAGCAGCCCUAUUUCUUAAGGCUUAACCGUGUUACGGAGAACAGCGCAGAUAAGACCCGGAGAGCUUUACUUCCAGAGGUUUUUCACUACUAUGGAUCGUUGCUGGAAUUUGUUCAGAUGGUGGCUACUUCAGAAAUUCCUUCCUACUUUAUAUCAAAUGUUUCAUUUGAACUAUCUCUGACGACAAACUGCGUGCGUGGAAAAUCCAAGCUCAUGUUAGACCAGCUGUGCUCCUUGAAUGAAAAGGUGGGGGCCAUAUUUACAUUGCCCUGUAAUGUAUGCAGCCUGCCCAUUCCACCUGCCCUUCAGCGGAGUACUAAAAAGUGGAGGGAAUACAUGUCUAGAAAACCCAAAGAGAUUAAAGUUCCAGGUAUGGAGUUGAAGGGGGAGCAUUGCAGCUAUUUCUUCCUCGUUCAAGGGAAAGACAACGGAUUGUGUACGUUAACAAUGCUUCACUCCGCCAGCCAGAUCAAUGGAGCUGCGUCGCUUGCUUUACUGCUCCACAGGCUGAAAUCGAAACCAUCAGAUGAAAGCAAAAAUAAUCAAGUUAAUGCACUGAGCGGCCUCCAGCAUUACCACGGCAAUACGAUUGUGGCGAGAGAGAAGGCUUUAGCCCGUUCGCAGGCCUUGGCAGUGAAAGAGUACCUUCAACGGAGCAAAGCUAUGCCCAGCGUUGCCGCUCUAAAGACAUUGUUAACGAUUACCAGGGAAGGUGUCUUCAGAAUUUUUGAGGGCUUAAGCCCUACCGGGUCCAACACUUCUCUGGAGAUUGCCGGUUCUGGAGAGGCUCCUGCAGAAUCGAAAGCGAUGAUCUCAAACCCAGCGGAGUGGCCGGAAAGACACGUUCUCCAGAACCUGGAGAAUUUUGAGAAAACAAAACAAAGGAUAAGAGCUUCUAUCCUUUCCAGUUCAGCCGAGCACUUGCUUGGGCGCAAGGAUAGCCAGAAGGAAGGAAUAACCUCGCUAGACGCUAAAGAGCUGCUGAAAUAUUUCACUCCGCAAGGGUUGGCAAUCGGGGAACUACAGCCUUUGCAGAUUCAAAGAGGUGAGAACGCCUUCCUUUUGACGCCCAGGCUUACCCCGCGGAAACUCAAAGGCUUGCCUUUUGAGAAAGCAGCCGAAUGUCAUUACCAUGGCCUCGAGUUCUGUCUUGAUCAUCGCAAAGCUUUGGACCGCGACGUGGGCUUUGUGGAGCUCCAGUCUCGUCUCAUCCGCUAUGAAACCCAGACCACCUGCACGAGAGAGUGCUGCCCCGUUCCCUUCGCGUUAAGCCCCCUGCCGUCCCCGGCGGUGCUGUCAGAGCCGGGCAGCGUGCCCGAUGGCGAGUCGCUGCAGGGUGAUCUCGGGGCAGACCCGUUGCGUCUCAAACGCCGUUCGAAGGAUCUCGAAGGACUCUACGCCAGCAAGAGACUUGCAAAAUCCGAGAGCUCCGAUUCCCUGCUGUCCCUUGCGAGUGAAGGCAGCGGGUGUCAGCAACUGUCCAGGGUCACGAGGACGCGCCCCGAAAAAGUGACCUCGGCCCCUUCAACUGCUCACCCUCCAAACAGCCAAAUACAAUCUGUGUCUAAUAAGCCGCCUCCGGCAACGCAAACUUCAAAUCCGGAACAGGAGAGAAAGGAGUCGAGAUCUCAAAAACAUAACCGGAUGCUGAAGGAGGUCGUAUCCAAAACGCUUAAGAAAUACGGCGUUGAUGACAGCCACCCCUGCUUUGUGGCUUGCAGCCAGCGGCUGUUUGACGUGUCCAAAUUCUUUUUAAAGGAUCUGAAAACCUCGAGAGGGCUGAUCGAUGAAAUGAAGAAAGCUGCGGGUAAUAACGCCAAACAGGUCGUUCAGUGGGAGCUGGAUAAGUUAAAGAAGAAAUGAAGAAAAGAUCUGUAAUUUAUUUAAUUGUUUUCUAACAAAACGAUGCCCUUCUUCGUCUGAUUAAACUAUUUAUAAAUGUAUUUUUUUAAAAUAAACAACAUUUUCUUAAUAAAC